GUAGGGAUGAUGAUAAAGAGGCCUUAAUGAAAUUGCUAUUUUCGGACGAUCCAGAAGGAGAAUGCAAUAUAAGUGUGAUUCCCAUAGUGGGCAUGGGGGGGAUUGGAAAAACCAUCUUAGCUCAAUUUGUUUACAACGAUGAAAGAGUGCAGAAGGAAUUUGAUCUCAAAGCUUGGAUUUAUGUGUCUGAGCAGUUUGAUAUUUUCAAGAUUACAAAAACCCUUGUGGAAGAGAUCACUUCAUGUAGUUGCAGUAUUGAAAAGUUGAAUUUACUCCAGCAUGAUUUGAAGAAAAGGUUGUUAAAGAAAAAGUUUUUAUUCAUUUUAGAUGAUGUAUGGAAUCAAAACUACAUAAGCUGGGAAACUUUGAAGAAUCCAUUUGUGUAUGGUGCUCCUGGAAGUAAGAUUAUUGUAACAACAAGAAUUGCUCACGUGGCAUCAAUUAUGCAGACUGUUGAGCCUUAUUAUCUUUCAGAACUUUGUGAUGAUGAUUGUUGGAUGCUGUUUUCAAAACAUGUAUUGUUUGGAUAUGCAAAUUCAAAUGUUCACCAAAAUUUAAGAAAAAUGGGGAAACAAAUAAUUAAAAAGUGCAAAGGAUUGCCUUUGGCCGUGAAGACACUUGCGGGACUUCUGAGAUGUAAAGAUGAUACAAGGGAAUGGUACAAAGUACUAAACAGUGAGAUAUGGGAUUUGCAGAAUGAUGAGAGUAAUAUUCUCCCAGCUUUGAGAUUAAGUUAUCAUUAUCUUCCAUCGCAUCAAUCGAAACGCAAUAAGUUGUGUUUUGUAAUGCACAAUUUUGUAAAUGAUUUAGCUCAAUUUGUAUCUGGAAAGUUUUCUGUCAGAAUAGAAGGCAAUUAUGAAGUAGUGGAAGAAAGUGCUCAAUAUCUGCUGCAUUUGAUUGCACAUAAAUUCCCUGCUGUACAUUGGAAGGCUAUGAGCAAAGCUACUCACCUAAGAACCUUCAUGGAAUUAAGGUUGGUAGAUAAAUCUGUGAGCUUUAUUGAUGAGAUUCCACAUGACUUGUUGAUCAAGCUCAAGUCAUUAAGGGUGUUAUCUUUGGAAGGCAUCUAUCAUAAGGGGUUGCCUGAUUCAGUUACCGAACUAAUACAUCUUCGGUAUCUAGAUCUGUCUGGGGCUAAGAUGAACAUAUUGCGGGAAAGCAUCGGAAAAGAAUAUGGAUCUUCCAUUGAUGAAAUAGGAGAAUUAUCUGAUUUACAUGAACAUGUUAGCUAUGUGGAUUCAGAAAAGGCCAAGUUGAAUGAAAAGGAACUUCUUGAAAAGUUAAUUUUGGAAUGGGGUGAGAAUGCUGAUACUGACAAUUCACAACAAGAAAAAGACAUACUAGACAGGUUACAGCCCCAUACAAAUCUUAGAGCUUUCUAUACAUAA